AUGAAAAGUAAUAAGAAUAACAAGAAUAACAAAAAUAAACAAACACAAACUAACAAACGAAAGAGCACCAAAAAGCCUACCAGGUCAACGACUGCUAAAAGUUCCAGUCGAGUAGAAAACGAACAACAAGUCGGAUGUCCCAAAAAUGGAUCAGUUAUUGAUGGAAUAAUUGAUAUAUGCGUUCAUAAUAAUGAAGAAUAUGCGCUGGUGACGUAUGCUGAUAAAAAUUUUGAUCCCAAAUGGCAUCCAACAAGAAAUUUAAUUAAUGCCGACCAUUUGGUGGAAGAAUAUCGAAGGAUUGAGGAAAGUGCUGCUCGACGUGCAGCACAAAGAAAUCAUCAGGAGGAUGAAUUAUCAUCAGCACAUAGAAGGUUGCAAGCUCAGAAACAAGAAAUUUUCGGCCCAAACAAAUUUCUCACCGAUGACCUUGAUGACCAAGAAUCACCUAAACCGAGAAAAUCCCCCAAAAAAAGAUGUCAAAAAAGAGGAAAAUCAUUAAUCGUAAAUACUAGUGAAAGAAAAAAAACCAAAUUAACAAAUAAUAAUAAUAAGAGUUUUGUGAGUAUUCAAGUUACCACCGACAAACAGACUACUCCCACCUCUUUAAAAUCUAAAUCUCCAACUAAUGCUAUCAGAAAAAAUUUUUCUGAUAUAAUCGUAGAGAUAAAGAAGGAGCCAGGUAUAGACGAUCUACCGGAAAAUUUAUUUCAAUCAAGUCUCGAAAGAGGAUCUUAUAGUAAAAAGAAAAAUACUUAUGAUGAACAAUUUGGAUUAUUAAAUAAUGAAGAAAAUGAGUCUAGUUCAUUUAAACCUUCUCUCGAUACAUGGCAGAAUAAACCAAAAAGGUUUAAAGCAGUACAUUAUCCAUCAAACUCUUUAAAAUUUAAUUCGGAUAUUCCAGAUGUUCCCGUGAAGCUGGAGGAAGAGGAUGAUGAUAAAUUCAUGUUUACCCAUAAAAUAACAAAGAAUCAAAAUAAAUUUAGAGUUUUGACAAAUAAACAGAACCAAGAACAAAGAGGACAUAUGGAAUCAAUUUCAGAACAAAAUGUCACUUCCAUACAAUCUGAACUUGGAUUAGUUUCAUCUAAAAUCUCAUUUGAUUUUUCAACUGGAUUAGAAGUAACAACAUCUCAACAAACAAAAUCCGUAAAUCUAAAUGAUGAUACAAAACAAAUACAACCAUUAAUGGAGAAAUCUAAUGAACUAUAUCAAAAGCAAUUAAAAAAACAACCCGAGAGAAAACCCGAUCUUAAAAUAAUCUCCACAAAUCUUUCAUUUGAUACAAAUUCCAUCACCAAUUUAAAUAGAAAUGAUAUUACAACACAAUCAUCAAUUAAUGAAUCUCAUGUAUCAUUAAAAUCUGAGCCACCUCAAACCCCAAACGGAGCAACACAAUGGGUUGGUGUAUUGUUAAAAGGAAAUUCUCAUUAUGUUCACAUCAGCAGAAAUGUAAUAGUUAAGCCUAUGGGAGUAAGAUGUAAAGAUACUUCGACAUUGGAAAUGAUAUCGGCACAUCGAGAAUUGCAAUUAAAAUUCAUGUUACCACAAGCUUACGCAGAAAAAUUGGUAGACGCAGAUGAUCCAUUUAAAUAUCCGAUGUUUAGCAUGAAUGCUUUAGAAGGUCAUUUGAUGUCAAAAAAGAAUAUUGAAGACGAAAAUACUUUGAUGAAGUGGAACGAAAUAACAGGAGUAAUUUGGCUCGAUAAUAAGGGAGAGAUGUGUUGGCUUGUUUUUCCCAAUUCUCAACGCACGUGUACAACCCUUGCAAUUUCACCUCGACCACAAGAGAAAUUUAUUAUUAUCACGAAACGUUUUUCCUUAAAAGAUCAAACCUUUCAAACCUUAACUCAAUUACCACCCGUUGAUCAACUUCAAAGUCCUAUGGGAUCUCGAUAUUUCAAUUUCAAUAAUAAAAUAAGUUACACGACACAAUUGGUGAUUCAAUCAAAUGAUUAUUAUGCGUUACCCCAAAUUUGCAAGAAUUAUUCAAAUUUCGCAAUAUUUGGACCAAAAGAAAAUUUCGAAGUAAAGGAAAUGAUUGAUGCUUGUAAAGACUUGGGUGGAAAUUAUGUUCAGGAAUUUCUCGGGGAUGAUAUUAAAUUGUAUGAUAUAAAUUUAGUACUAAUUCACGUUCAAUUUCUCAAUCAAAUUAAUUACAUCCCUCGUCUAAUUGAAUUAAAACGUAAAUCAUAUUGUAAAUUUCAUUUAUUUGGUUGGGAUUUAUCAUCACCGAAUCCCAUAAAUCUAGAAGAAUAUUUUCCUAAUGGUUGCAUAGUUACAAUCACUCCCAAAUUAUUAUUGUCUUGGGGUGGGGAUCAACAUACAAUCAAAGGUGGCGAAUGGUAUAUUAAAAUCCACCCACUUUUACGAAAUUAUUUAGAACACACUUUUAACAAAUAUCAGAAUCAAGACGCUGAUGAGGCGUUAUCAUAUUUGGAAGAUCAUUUUCGAAAAAAAUCAUUCACAUUUUUUGAUAACGAAGAAUUAAAUUUCUUACAGGGUUCCGUGUGUGACGAAUCACCAUUCAUUAACAAAUUGCAUUACAUGAUGACUCGUUAUCAUAACUUACAUACAAAAGAUCUUCGACACGUAAUAGUUAUUCAAGAUGAGUCUGAGGUUGAUAUCCUAUGUCUUCCAAUUCAGGGGGUCGAAAGAAUGACUCUUCCUGAAUUCCAAACGAUUUUCGGCCCUCCAAAGUAA